AUGUCUACUGCAGCUGCAUCCGAUGGCUGGCCUGUCAAGAAGCGACGCGCUCCCAUCGCGUGCACGGCGUGUCAUGCCAGAAAAGUCCGCUGCAAUGUGGUCCUCGUCGGCCAACCCUGUUCCAACUGCCAGCAAGAUCAGACUCAGUGUGCUCUGCACGUCUCGGCGAGAGGUAAACAUAAACGGCGAAGGCUGAACAAGAAUUCACACCUCCAUACUGUUACGCCUCCUUCGUUAUCUUCGUCUGGACCAACUGCGGAUGCUCAAACCCAACCCCCGGCCACCACUGAUUUUGCAGACUCGAACCCCUCAAUCACUCCGCCAUCACAACCGCCAUCGCGUGAUGAGUAUGAAUCCCAGGCCAAUGUGGAAGCGUAUCGGAAUAUUGUCGAUGCAGUCGAGACGAACGGGGCCAAGGUGCCGUUGUAUGUCGGUGAGCUUCAAUCGCUUCGCUUUAUAUUCCAUGUCGCCAGGGACAAGAGCAUCGCCUCCAAAGCCCAUUACCUAGUUCCCCAACCGAAGAGGCGUCAAUUGUCGCCCGAAGAAUACGCGUGCCUACAGGCCAAGGGGGCUUUCUCAACAGAGUCGGAUGAUUUGAGAAACGAACUCCUUGGGCUGUUCUUCGAUUAUGUCUACCCGAUUCUGCCAAUCAUCGACCCUUACGACUUUCGUCGUCGGUACGAGGCUGGCGGCAUCCAGAGCAUCAGUCCGCUCUUGCUUCAGAGCAUGUUCCUUGCUGCAAGCAACUUCAUCUCGGCAGAUGGGCUAAAAAGGUCGGGCUGGCCAUCGCUGAUGCACAUGAAAAGGAGAUUCUAUGAAAGAGCCAAGGCACUCUACGACUUCGACUACGAAACAGACAAGAUAUGUCUGAUCCAGUCGGUCUUAUUGCUUGGCUAUUGGUUGGGGCAGGCCCACGACCGCACCGAUAGCUGGCACUGGGUGGGAGUCGCAAUCAGUCUGAGCCAGAGCGUCGGUCUCCACCGUGACCCAGGCUUCUCAGAUGUGCCCCCGUCUCAACGCAGCCUGUGGCGAAGGAUCUGGUGGUGUUGCUUCUACCGGGAUAGAUGCAUUGCGCUAGGCAUGGGACGGGCGUUCCGCAUCAAUGCCGAGGACUGCGACGUGAAGGAGCUUACCCUCGAAGACUUGGUGCACACCGCGAAAGACUCGUCGACGUCGUCAUCCAGCGCACACUUGAACCUGAACGAGGAAAGCGCCGCCAUUGUGGCCAAAUGCAACAACUACGCGCCCAUAUUUCUGGAGAUUGUCAAAUUGAGCCAGAUCUUGGGCGAGGUGCUUGCGUCCGUCUACAAGCCCCGGAAAGAGCCGAUGUCUUGGACCUUGAUCGAGUAUCUUGAGGACAAACUCGCUCGUUGGCAAGCAGCCCUUGAUCCAAGGUGUCGAGUUGACACGCCGCUUACCACUAUGAAUGAACCCAUCGCCAUGACGUUGCAUAAAUACUACAUUCAGAUCCUCCAUCACGUCACGGUGGUCACCAUGUACAAGCCCUUCGUCUUUCAGGAUGAUUUACUCCCGACCCGGCCUGGAAGCGACAUUUGCGCACGCAUCGCGUGGGAAGGGUGUCAGUUGUCGGCGUUUGCGGCAACAGACGGCUUCCGAAAACUCAGCGAGCUGGAGCUCGUCCGGUUUUUACCACCUGAAAGUGUGACAAUGCUCAUCUCAAUCAUUGCGAUUCUCUUCGUGGCGAAAUGCCUAUCAACGGGUAUGAAAUGGCACCUAGCGAGCCAGAACCUGGACCUCGCCAUGCUGGUGGUCCAGCAGUUACAGGAAAAGUAUCUGGCCGCCAGAUUCAUCUUUGCAUACUACACGGCGGCAUUUGAAAAGGUGGCACCCUCCCAGAGACCGCUGUUGGAUUCGGCGUCGGCAUCGACCACGGCAUCGUCUACUCUGCCGGCAGGUUCCUACUCGAAUGCUUUCCCGAACUUGGCCGUUGCUAACGCUACCACCACUGCCGACAUUGAACAUGUUCCAAGGAUAUACGAUGCAGGCAUUGAUGGUCGCGGUGGCCCUGGCACUACCAGCCCGUUUGACGCCGUCGAAUCCUUCUCCUCGGGACAGGAAGACCAUCUGAGCACCUGGGCCGAAUGUUUUCCGGCUAGCAUGGCCGCUGAUUUUGACAUUUUGUUCGGAGCAGAGGGGAUCAUGAGAGGGUUCGAGGAACUUGUUUGA